UCUGCGAUCAUCCUGAAUAGGGUAGUCAAGAAAAUCUCCCUCUUUUCCAAUCAAACUAGAAUUCAAGAAAUCAAUACAAUUGGGUAUGCUGCAUUUUGAUUUUUCCAGCCGAAGCCAAUUUAGCCAGGUUAUGCCGUUGUUCGUGAAACGGAGAGUCCUGGCUGUUGGCAGAGGAAACUGCCUCCACCACCACCAUAAGGAAUGGUUCAGAAAGCAAUGAGCGCUAGACGGACUGCUUGUGGAGCUCAGUUGCUUUGUUUCACAUUUUUAGUCUUUGUAUUGAGAAUUCAGGGUUGCCCUUCCCUUAAUCCGGAAGGAUAUGCAUUGCUGCAGUUUCGAGCUAAGGUGGAUGUUGAUCCAUCUGGGGCUUUAGCGAAUUGGAAUCCAGAGGACUGUAGCCCGUGCUCUUGGUUAGGCGUUCAUUGUUUGGAUGGUAAAGUGCAUAUGUUGGAUCUCAAUGGACGAGACUUGGUAGGGGUAUUGGUGCCGGAGCUUGCAAAUCUCUCUCAUUUAAGAGUUCUAAAUCUAUCGAAGAACCAUCUCUCCGGUACCAUUCCACGCGAGUUUGGACAGUUCACAACAUUGGAAGUCUUGGACUUGAGAAACAACAAGUUUAGUGGAAUAGUUCCCCGUGAAUUAGGACGGUUGCAUUCCCUAAAACAUUUGUUUCUCUGUAACAAUGGCUUUGAAGGACGCAUUCCUUUCGAGAUUGGGAGACUUAUAUUGCUAGGUGACGGACAGUGCAUGAAUAGAAAAAUCGGGCACUGCACUUGGCAAAGUAUUUUUAAACGAUCACAGAAAUCGAAUACCUUCCAGGCACCAGCUAGAGGGACCAUACUUCAUUAUCUCAAUCUCUACCGACUGUUCAACCUUGGAAGUGAAUCGUUGCAAAAUCAGCCAGAUGCCUAUGGCAUUGAUUUACCGGAGUCAGCUGUCAGAUGUAAUGUGGAUGACCAGACCAACCAGCGUCGCGUACUAGUUGAACAGUCGACUAAUCUUGUUGCCCUACCCUCCAAUGUCGUGCCCCUAGUUCAACUGGGAAAUGUUGCUAUUCCAAGCAGAAGUAGUGGGUCGUUUCCUGCUGUUCCAAAUGCGAAGAAAAGGGCACCAGCUCCUGUUCCAUCGCCUCCUUCUAUCACUCAACCAACCGGCGGAAAAUCUGGGCACUCCUUGAAACUUAUUAUAGGGCUGUCGACCCUACUUUUUUUGCUCGUGGUUACAUCAAUUAUGCUCGUCAUCUGCAGAAGCAGAGCAGUUAAAACUAUUCGUCCGUGGAAGACCGGAUUGAGUGGGCAGCUGCAGAAAGCAUUUGUCACAGGGGUUCCUAAGCUGAACAGACCCGAGCUGGAAACUGCGUGUGAGGAUUUCAGCAAUAUUAUCUCAACCGAAGAUGGUAUAGCCACGGUGUACAAGGGCACUCUAUCGAGUGGAGUUGAAAUCGCUGUUAUUUCAACCGCCGUACUUGCUCUCAAUGACUGGUCCAAACACUCUGAAAGAAUAUUCAGGAAGAAGAUUGAUACCUUGUCGCGGAUAAACCACAAAAAUUUCGUCAAUCUUCUUGGUUACUGUGAGGAGGACGAUCCUUUCACCCGAAUGAUGGUUUCUGAGUAUGCUCCAAACGGCUCUCUCUUUGAGCAUCUGCAUGUUGAAGGGCUUGAUCACCUCGAUUGGAGUGCAAGGAUACGGAUAAUCAUGGGAACCGGAUAUUGCCUUCAACACAUGCAUGAGCUCAAUCCACCAAUCUCUCACUUCAACCUCACUUCCAAAGAGAUAUUUCUAACAGAAGACUACGCUGCUAAAGUAGCAGAUGUCGGGUUUUGGAGAGACCUCGUAGCCAAGUCAAAGAACCCUGCAGAAAACGAGUCGGAGCACUCUCAGCUGCCCCCACUUGCUGAUGCAGAGACUAAUGUCUAUGGCUUUGGAAUCUUGAUGCUGGAAACUAUAUCUGGAAAGCUUCCUUAUUCGGAAGAGCAAGGGCUUCUCAUGAACUGGGCUGCUCCUUUGUUGAACGGCAGGAAGAACUUCAGCAGCUUGGUCGAUCCAACGCUGAAAUCUAACAAGGAAAACGAACUCGAAAUCAUCUGUGAGGUGAUCCAGCGCUGCGUUCAGCGAGACGUGUGGAAGAGGCCUUCGAUGAGGGAAGUGAUCGAGAUGUUGAGACAAGCCAUUGACAUAUCACCAGAGUUGGCAACGCCAAGGCUCUCUCCAUUGUGGUGGGCGGAGCUCGAGAUUUUAUCGGCGGAGGCGACUUGAUUUUGCCUCUGUGUAAGUCACCUGUAUAUCAUCAUUUACUAGACGAAGCUGUCGAUAAAUAUAAACCUUUGCUUAAUUUCCUUGAUCUGAGCAUCACAAGUUGGUUCCUUUUUUUCA